AUGGCUAACAGUAAACUGAACGAAUUAUUUCAGAGGAACAAUUUAAUCAAACCACGACUACGUGUGAUCUGUGGAAAGGCUGGUAUUGGAAAAACUCAUCAGAUCAACACGCAAUACAAAACUCAACAAACUUUAUCUAUGAGCAUCAAUGAUCGAUUGAAUUUGACAACGUUAAUCAACGCAUUACUCUCGUUCGAACCAACAGAAAAGGGUCAAGAGCCCACAGUUUAUUUCAACAUUUCGAUUCACGCUCCAUUUGUUGAACUCAAUCGCGCAUUCUGUUCGUUGCUCGUUUGUGGUACAUUGACGGAUACAGACAGUGGUUUAGCAUUUUCAUUACCGAAUGAUCAUCAGUGGACAUUCAUUAUCGAAAUUCCUCAUUUAGAUAAAUACAAUCGAACUAUUAGUGAGAAUUUCAAUCGAAUUCUUCCAGUGCUAUCGUUGUUGAAUUCGAGUAAAUUUGAAGAAGUUACUGAAACCAAUUACAAACUCUAUAUUAGUAAUCAAGAGGAUUGUGGCUCGAUUCCUGAAAGCUUUUUGUAUCGGCGAGUUCGAUUUUUUACUGAUUCAGGUUUUUAUCGUUUCAACGAUAAUGAUGCAUACCUUGACUCAAAAGCGAUGGAACAAAUGAUAGAAGAAGCGAAAAAUCUUUCUCAAAUGAAUUUUCAAGGAACCGAUUAUCCUCAAAUAUUCCUUGUUUAUGAUUUUGAUUUUUCACUUUAUUUGCUGCACACAAACUGGAAUCAAGUGUCUCAAAAUCUGAAAGAGAUUUUCAAGCGAGAAGAUCCAGCGAAACGAGACGAUUUCCAAGGAAAAUAUUAUUUUGUCAAAUGUUUAUCUUGGCUUCUCGAUAUUGGAUACGACGGUUUUAUGGAUGUCAUGAACGAAACCAAGUUUAUUCUCACUGAAAACUUCACCUAUAAACUGUUUCAUGUUCAUGAAAGAAAAUUGACGAAACUUCCCUUGAUUAUUGAAGGUCAUACGGAUGUUGGAAAAACAUUUCUAUUGAAAUUUUAUUCGAUGCUACUUAAUGUGAAGCUUACGAAGGACUCACUUGAGCGGAAGAUUUCGCCACGUAUUCGAGAACGAAUAAAAUCAAACCGAAAUUACUCGAAACCAAUGAAAAUUAAUCAAGCACAAAUUAACCUUCCAUUUCAAGACCAGGACUUAGAUGAAGAGGCAGAUGAUGCCAAUGUGAUCGAAGAAGAAGAUGGUCAGUUGAUGGAACGAAUAGAUGACGAAUGUCUGAAAAAUAUCAAAUCAUCACUUUCAAGUCAUAAAUACGAUAACGGGACAUUGAGAUUUAUUUGGACGACGAUUAUCAAUAUUACUCACGACACGACGUUGGACACAUGUCACAUUUUAAAUAAAUUACUUUACGAACACAUCACAUUUCAUAUCACUCAUUUUCCUUUGAUAGAAAUGAGCCAUCAACUUGGACCGUUACUCGAUCCGAAUAAUCUCAAAGAAUCACCUAAAAAAUCCAUCAAGUUAUUUGAUGAAUAUCUAAUUCAUACAAAUACAAAAUCAUUAUUCUAUCGCCUUCUUCUUCAUCCAGGAAUCACAGACGAACAGUUAGAAGAUUUUAUGAAACCAAUAUGUCAAAUAGCUAGGGAAUUGCCCGAUGUUGAAUUAGUCGUGUUCUUCGACGAGGUCCACAAUUAUCGAACACAGUAUUUUGCAAAAGAUUACCGGCCCUCGAUCCUUUCUUUUGUUUGGGCUCGAAAUACGCUCGAUCAGAAGAAAAUGGUUUUGAAAGUAUUGCAGUCCUAUUUGGAUGAAUGUAAAGUAGCGUUUGUUGCCGUUGCCAAUACAGCGUUCGAUGCAGCAAAAGCCAAUCGAACGAUUUGUAUUUAUCGAUCUUUACCAUCGAGACAGGAUCAACAUAUUUUGGCCUAUGGGUGCUUAGGUUUGCAAAUCGACAAUCAACAGCAACAUGUGAACGAUCGUUUGAAAAAAAUCAUUAAUGGUCUGUGUCAAGGUUACCGUCGGUUGUUGAACAAUAAAAGUAUUCCAUCAAUUUAUCAUGAUCGAGAUUUCAUUUAUAUGUUGCGUGAAUUACGAUUCGAAUUAACGACCAUAGCGGAUGAACAGGAAACAUGUGCCGAUGGUAUUACACCUCUGAGUCUUCUUCGUGCAUUAGAAGAAAAUUUCAAUGGAAUUUCAAAAGAAAAAUUCGAAGAACUCCUUCAAAUCUUUUUCAAAGCUGUCAAAGAAGAAUGUUCAGAUUUUGGAUUACCGAAUCAACGUCGAAACAUACCAGCAAUUCUUCAUGAAUCAAUGAAAUUGGACUCCGUUCGACGUCGACUCUAUGGAUGA